AUGUUUGAAUGUCUCUACGGCUUCACCCCGUUCGCCUGUGACGACCGCCAGCAAACCAAGCUCAAGAUCCUUCAUCACAGAAAGACCCUGACGUUCCCAGAGGGAGCAGCUCCCGUGGAGCCGAGCAUCGAGGCCAUAGACCUGAUGAUGCAACUACUCGUCGAGAAAGAGAGAAGACUUUGUAGCAGGCAGUACCAGGUCAAUGACUACGAAAGAAAGAUUAUUGGAGGUAGAGUGGUCAAAGUCAGUGCCGAUAAGAAGAGUCCACAUUAUGAAGGCUACUUUGUGCAUGCGGGUGAUGCAGAAGAUAUCAAGCGCCAUCCAUUCCUCAAAGACAUCGACUGGAACACAAUCCAUCUUCGACGUGCGCCUUAUCCACCCAAUGUAAAGGAUUGGGAGGAUACGACAUACUUUGACGAAGAAGACCCCAUCUCCGACAUCGACUCUGCAAGUACCUUUGAUGAAGACGACGAGGAUGCUGCCGCCACCCCAACCGUUGAUGGAGAUGUAAACCUCAAUGUGUCGCCGCUCCUCGCCCAGGCAUCAUCGCAAAUCAGUCAGCAUCAACAUGAGGACCAAAAUAUCGUACCAUCACUGGCCAUCAACAUGCCCCGCAAGGGAUCCGCUACGCCUGUACCAGGCUUGUCCCGGGCGGACAGCAUGAACGACAUGAGAAAUCCAUUGCUGCAGCCACCCGAUCUGCCCGUCUCAGGUGUCGACGAGCGUACCUCACCCGCCAUGGACCAUGCAGGCCAUGUUGAUGGGCCAGACGAAAAAGCCGCUGCUGAGAACAUAAAGCCAAAAGGAAAGGACAAGGACAAGAAACGACCACGAGACAUUAUCUUACGCGACCCGAGCACCGGCCGUGAGGCAUUGGAGAUACGCAAAAUGUCCGCUUUCCUGGGCUAUGAUUAUCGGCAGCCUGCCAUGGUCAAGGAUAUUGUGGAGCAGGUAUUGGCUGAAGACUUGGAGAAGACGAGGCUCAAGGACGAUUGGCACGCCAGUGGUCUGAGUGAUCGUGACUUGGCCUUUGAGAAACGGAUGUUUGUUGAAGCAGGAGGUCAUUUGUCAUCGACUCACAAGCCGGCAAUGCUGUGA